AUGGGAGCUGUCUGUUGGGACAGACAACUUACCAGCUGUGUCAAAAAUGCCAGAUCCCUUGGGCCGGACGGGGAGACGUACGAGCCUAGAGCGGCGGCGGCAGCUGCGGGCCACAUCCCUCUCCCUCUGCGCGUCUUUGCUAUGGGGCUGGACGGCGCCCGAGUAGCCCUGAGGCAUGGGCAAGGUCGGUCCUCUUUACCGACCCCUUCUGCUGAAACUGCCUGGUUCGCAGAGAGCGCCCGGUGCAUCAUUGCUGCCGGCAGAAUAGCGUUCCAGGGACAGCGCUCGAGGCGGGUUCGGCGCGACGCGGGCCUCCAGGCCAGGGCCAACCACCUGCUCUGCCCCUUCGCGGCUCCCUGGCGGGUCGCGGGGCCAGGACAUCCCUGGGGAUUCCCACCAAUGACCCGGCGCGUCAGAAGGCCCCGCCCCCGGAUCGGCCACGUGACCCAGGCCCCGCCCAGCGCUGAUUGGGCGUUCCGUGUUGCCUUUAGGCCGGCAGCAUGGGGAGGUCGUCACGUGGGGGCGGCGGCGGCCGCGGCGCCUCGGGGACUGGCUGGCAUGGAGCCGCUGGUUGCGGGGGCCGGGGGCUGCGAGGGGCCCACAGCUCCGGAGGAAGAGCCGCCGCCACCGCUGUGGGGAGCAGGGGCUCAGGAAGAGGAGGAAGCGCCGCCACCGCCCGAGCCACGGCCACGGCCGGAGCCGCGGGAGGAGCCGCCCGGCACAGCGGCGGUCAGCUUGGUCAUGUCUGACCACUUCUAUCAAAAGAAGGAAGGAGAUGAGCAUGAGGUCAUGAGAUGGAGACCAAAACUAGCCUGUGGGGCCCAGAAUGUUCCCACCCAAGGGGAGGGUGACCAUCCUGAAGAGGAUGAGAUGCAGGACUGUGGGGAUUCUGAGGAAGACCUGAACUGGGAGCUGGAAGAUGGGGUGGAGAACAGCAUCCCUACAGAGGAGAAGGCUGAGCCCCCUAUUAAGGAGGACUGGGACACCGAGCUGAUUGCGGACCAAGGGAAUCCAUACGGUGUUGAAGACAUCCACCGUGCCAGCAUUCAAGAGUUCUGUCUCUGGGCACCUCGGGCCCAGCAAGGAGACAUGAUCUAUGACCCAAGCUGGCACCACCCUGCCCCCCUGACUCCCCACUAUUCCAAAAUGGUCUUUGAGACGGGGCAAUUUGAUGAUGCCGAAGACUGAUUGGGAACUUUGGGAUGCUCUCCUGCCUUGCGGGCUGGGCCAGGGCUCUCCCCAUGGCUUUCUCCCCACCCAUCCCAUUCCUUCAUCCCCACGUGUGAGGGGAGACCUCACACUGGGGAAGAGUGUGGGGAUGGAUCCUGGAAGCUGCUGCAUUUUCAUAGACUGUUGUGUUUAUGAAGGGAAAGAAAUCCUUUCUCUCCAGUUUUCUUUUGGGUUUGGUUGUCACAGUCUUGCCUGGAACAAGGCUGGCCAGUAUGGCAUUAGAGAUGGGGAGGCUCCGGGUGGGGGGGAAUUUUUUUUUUCUUAAAUAAAAGUUGAAAAAUCCCCAUGCUGCUUCUGUCAUUCCCCACCCCCUUUAAUUGGCUGCUUCUGAGCCAGCUUGGGCUCAUGGCUUCCUGGUACCUGCCUCUUCACAUUUUGAAAAGAAAUCACUCAGUAAAAGUUUGGAGAUUUACUA